CUCGGCUGGCCCCCUUGUAUUACUUUUUACAUAAACCAGGACCCCUUAAGUUGAGUACAAAUAACACGGUUGAUCUUCUAGUAACAAUAAAAAUCCUUUUUUUCCUUCCAUAGUUUGCCAGUUCUGGGAUACUGCUGAUAGACUAGGCUCCUUUAGCAGGAAAAACCUCCUUCAUCUACAAUUCUCAUCCAUUGGAAAGUUGAGAACUUUCUGAGAAAGUGAAAAGGAAGCUCAUCUCCAAUUGGAAUUUCAGAUCCUUGCUCACAUUGUUUGUGCCUUUCCCCAACAUAUGAGCUUGCCCUUCAAACGGGAAAAGUGAUUGAACAGAUGGGCAAAUUUUACCCUGAACUGAAACUAGCUUAUGCUGUUCGAGGCAAUAAAUUGGAAAGAGGUCAGAAGAUCAGUGAGCACAUUGUAAUUGGCACCCCUGGGACUGUCUUAGACUGGUGCGCCAAGCUCAAGUUCAUUGACCCCAAGAGGAUCAAGGUGUUUGUUCUGGAUGAGGCUGAUGUGAUGAUAGCUACUCAGGGCCACCAAGAUCAGAGCAUCCGCAUCCAAAGGAUGCUACCCAGGAACUGCCAGAUGCUGCUUUUCUCUGCCACCUUUGAAGACUCAGUAUGGAAAUUUGCCCAGAAAGUGGUCCCAGACCCAAACAUUAUCAAACUGAAGCGUGAGGAGGAGACGUUGGACACCAUCAAGCAAUAUUACGUCCUGUGUAAUAACAGAGACGAGAAGUUCCAGGCCUUGUGUAACCUGUACGGAGCCAUCACCAUUGCUCAAGCCAUGAUCUUCUGCCAUACCCGCAAAACAGCGAGUUGGUUGGCAGCAGAGCUCUCAAAAGAAGGCCACCAGGUGGCUCUGCUGAGUGGUGAAAUGAUGGUGGAACAGAGAGCUGCAGUGAUUGAGCGCUUCCGAGAGGGCAAAGAGAAGGUUCUGGUGACCACCAACGUGUGUGCCCGCGGUAUCGAUGUUGAGCAGGUGUCUGUCGUCAUCAACUUCGACCUUCCCGUGGACAAGGAUGGGAACCCAGACAAUGAGACCUACCUGCACCGGAUUGGGCGCACCGGCCGCUUUGGCAAGAGGGGCCUGGCAGUGAACAUGGUCGACAGCAAGCACAGCAUGAACAUCCUGAACAGAAUCCAGGAGCAUUUUAAUAAGAAAAUAGAAAGAUUGGACACGGAUGAUUUGGAUGAAAUUGAGAAAAUAGCCAACUGAGAAGCUCCACUAUUCACUGGUGCCCGCCCUUGGCACUCCCCCUGCACGGGAGACUAGUGCUCUCACGUACAGGCCUCAACAGUCACCACAAAGAUGAAGUGAGAAACUACCUACCUCAUUUUAAAUUACGUUUGGACUUGCUAAAAAUUGUGCAAAUGAUAGAGGAAGGUAGAAAAAUAUUGUUUACACAACUUUCGAAGAUUAGGCGUGAAUACACAGAAAUUUACCUUUUGGAAAUUCCGUCCCUUUUUUUGGCCAGCAUUUCCCCCAUUGUUAUGGUAAUCUAGAUGCUGUGGCUAAUCACUACUUCAGGAUCUUUGUGGCAGCCCCUACCUGUUUUCUGGCUAGGAGUGUUCAGGCCAACCUCCAGCCCUGGUGAAAGUGACAGAAUAGAGGUGAAGAAGGAACAGAGAGAGAGAGCCCCCAAGGAGGAUAGGAAUGUAAGCCACCCACUGUGUUUCGAGUAUGGCAUGAGGAGACCCGUGAGCUGCUGCUUUGGAUUUCAGAUGGGACAGCACAUCCGAGUGUUGUCAGCCCACUCUGUCCUGAUACCCACAGCAAGAAGGGAUUUUCUAAGCAUGGACCAAAUUGACAACCUGGGAUCUUUAGUGUAUGUACGUUUGUGUUGCAGGACCAUGACCUAUUCUCAGCAGGUGCAAUCUGUGUAUGCACAUCUGUUUACUGGUGGGUCCCUUGCUUGUGCUUGAGCAAGUCCUGUGAAGAAGUCAUUGUGGAGAAUUAGUGGUGGCUCUAAACUUGCCACAAAAGCCUGGUCUCACAGGCACCUGCAGCAUCGUUUUUACAUCCCUAACAUCACCUUGAUCCCUUAGUUGCCCCAAGCAAAUAAAAGGUGAUCUGAGGUUUGGAUACUCAGUAAAAGUUGUGGUUUCAAGUUGCUAAUGGCCAGCCUUAAGGCAGCUCCAGAAGUGUUCCACAGUAGUCACAAAUCUUUGCUUUGUCUUCAGAUCCCAGAAGGCAAAUUUUUUGACAAUGAUUUCAGAUAUUUGGCAUCUUCAUUGUAAAGUGAUUCUGAACGUCUGUGGUCACAGUACUUGGAAUACAAACAGGUGCAACUAAGGGACUAGGUGGACUACAGCCAUUCAUCUGUGCAAGGGAAGAGUAAUUGCCAAGGCCUUUGAUCCAUCCUUACUUGGCGUCUUGGUGCAAAAUAGUCAAAGCAAAUAAUCCUCAUACCUGGCCAAGGCUAUUAGUACCCACAAAGUGACAGAGCACAGAUGAGAUGUAACUGAGUUGCAAGAGCAAUAUAAAACCCAAGCCAAAAGGAACCCUCUUCAGCGCUUUGACUUUGAUACACAAUGGCCACUUAACCUAGGACCAGGCCUGGAAGGGGGAUUUUUUUCAGUAAUGAGAACUAUCUAAUCCCAGAUGUUUCUUGUAGACAUUUUUGUGUUUUAGGGCCAUAUUUGUCUCCUGGGAAGGGAAGGGGCCACUACCAGCCUCCAGGUGGCUUCCUUAAUCUGACAUUACAGAUACUGCAGAGAGACUGACAGACUGCAAUCUUGCCUCAUUUCCCCAGUGAGCACCUGACUGUGUAAAGUCCUCUAUGCUUCUGGCCAACUCUCACCCACGUUGAGAGUCUUAUAGGAAGAGAAGAAAUUUUAUGCUCCGCCCCCAAAGUCCUGUGGAUCAAUUUUGAAAUAACUAAAAACAAAGGCAAUAAUGAAAGGACUAUAGCCUCCUCAUGAGGCUGCAGGCCCAGCACACCCCCACCUUUUCACAACAUGUAUAACCCAUCAGGGCUACUGAGUAGGAAAAUCUGAGCAGGAAAAUGGGAAGGGAUGUGCUUCAGACUCUUCAAUAGAAGGAGUAAAUGGGUAUCUGGUAAAAAUCUAGACCAACAGUUCUUAAUCUGGGGGGUUGGACUCCUAAGAAUUCACUGGAUGGGUCUAUGACAUAUAUGCAGUAUUUUGAGUUUAAACUUCCUGGGGAGAGACUUCCUCCUUAAAGGAGUAUGUCUUUUAAAAAGGCAAGACACUGUUAUGGAUGGUUCUAGACUAUCAUCCCAGUGUCACUGUAUUCCAUAUCCCCUCACAGAACAUAUUCAUUCCUGCCAGUGCUUGGCUCCCAGGGCUCAAUGGACCACAGCUGCUUCUGUGACCUUGUACAGUUUUGAGACAUCUGUGAUGUAAAAAUGUAUUGAGCCCUUAGUGUGAGCUCCAGUUUCUAGAGUUUCUUUUACUGUUUUUAGUAAGUUUCUAUAUAUGAAAUGAUAAACUGUCCUAGAACAGAGAAGCUCACUUGGGAAAAGGAGAUUUUGAUCCAACGGAAGAUUCUGGAUAUGUUCAUUAUCCAUAAACAAUGAAUUUUACUGGAUUUUUUUUUUCAGUGUCAUUCAUUGGCUAUAUGCAUAAGAACUAAUCAAUUGUUGAUGUAUUCUUUAUUGAUAUUAACUGAAAUUAACUAUGAUGCGUUCAUGUUACUAAGACAUUAUUAAUGACUAAUAAGAAAACAGCAUGUUUUGGGUUGCUGGUAUUAGUAAUCAUACGUAAGUGAGGACUCACGUAUUAUUCCAUAAGCUAGUCAUCACCUGAUAUUACUAUUCCGUUUCAGAGUUGACAUUGUUCCAACAUGAGCCAUUGGGACGUCUCCAUAAGCCAAGGGCCCUACUCAGUUGCCAAAGGGCUACUCACACUCCCUUUUUUCCUGCUGGUAAACCAGAGGACACUGUCUAACUAAUCAGAAAGUAGGUAGAUGCCAGCAAAUACAAAGUCCUUACAUUCUAUUUUUUUAGUCCUGGAAAAGGAAUAAAAAUAGGAAUUGGAAA